AGUAAUGAGGAAGGAACAGGCGGCACAAACGUGAAUGUCAAAGUGAGAUUAAAUAAAUGCUCACAUUUUGACUAAUAAAUGUCGCCCAAACUUUUUGUUUGACGUUUAAAGGAGUGCGACACGUGUGCUUUUUAGUGGUUUGGAGUCCGGGAUGUUGUUGCGAUACUCUGGGCUUGAUGUGUGCCGAAGAGCACUUUUCACUUUCAGACAUUUUUCUAUGAAAACAACAAAGAAGCUGAGAGUUUGUGAAGCACUUUCAGGAUCUUCAGUGGGACAAAACAUUCAAGUUUGUGGAUGGCUUGGUUCUGUCAGAUCGCAGAAGGCCAACUUGUUCCUGGACGUGAACGACGGAAGCUGCCUGCAGUCGCUGCAGGUGGUGGCCAGUCCCCAGCUGGACCACCCAUCGCUGACUUUUGGGAGCGCAGUGGAGGUCCGAGGAACCCUGCAGGAAAGUCAGCACCCGAAACAAGCGGUGGAGCUCCGAGCAGAUCACAUUGGCGUGGUUGGAGAAUGUGACCCUGUGGACUUCCCCUUUAAGAUCAAAGGGCGACACAAGCCGGAGUACACCCGCCAGUUCCCACAUCUUCGCAGCAGAACCAAGGCCUUCAGCUCCCUGCUGAGGAUUCGGAGCGAGGCCACGUCUGCCAUCCACUCCUACUUCAAGGAACAUGGCUUCCUGCACGUUCACACGCCCGUCAUCACCUCCAACGACUGUGAAGGAGCAGGGGAACUCUUUCAGAUCCAGCCUUCCUGCCCAGAGGAGGAUGAUCCCAACUUCUUCUCGGUUCCAACCUACCUGACCGUGUCUGGGCAGCUCCACCUGGAGGUCAUGUCAGGGUCAUUUUCCAAAGUCUACACUUUCGGGCCGACUUUCCGUGCCGAGAACUCCCAGAGUCGUCGCCAUCUGGCCGAGUUCUACAUGGUGGAGGCGGAGGUGGCCUUCACGCAGUCCAUACAGGACCUGGUCAAGGUCAUGGAGGACAUGUUCAGGUGGACUACUGAGCACGUGCUGUCCUGCUGCGCGCACGAUGUGGAAGUGUUCCACAAGCACGUGACGCCAGGACACAGGGAUGCUGUGGAGGCCAUGUUGAAGGAGCGCUUCCUCGUGAUGACUUACAGCGAGGCCAUAGACAUCCUUCAGCGCAGCUCGCAGACGUUCAUCCACCCAACAGAGUGGGGCUGCGACCUUCAGACGGAGCAGGAGAAGUACCUGGUCAAACACUGCGGCCAGCGUCCGCUCUUUGUCACCGACUACCCUUACCGGCUCAAGCCCUUCUACGCCAGAGACAACCUGGACCGUCCCGAGCACACGGCCGCCGCCGUGGACCUGCUGGUGCCGGGCGUGGGGGAGCUGUGUGGGGGCUCCUUGAGGGAGGAGAGGCUGCACCUGCUGACGGCUCGUCUGCAAGAAGUGGGACUAGAAGACACCUACAGCUGGUAUUUGGAUUUGAGGCGCUUUGGCUCCGCCCCACACGGCGGCUUCGGGAUGGGCUUUGAACGAUACCUGCAGUGCAUUCUGGGAGUGGACAACAUCAAAGACGUGAUUCCCUUUCCCAGAUUUUCACACUCGUGUCUUCUGUAGGCUUGUAUACCGAGUACUGCCUCCUCAUUGGCUACGUCCAGGAAGACCCUUUAGAUUCUGGACCACACCUGGGCAAAGUACUUAGAAUUACUUAUAAAGAUCAUUCUUUUUAGACCUUUAACAUGGAAACUGUAGGUGCCAUUAUAAUGUGAUGUUUUCAACUAUAGAAAGUAUUCCAAUGGUUGCAGUCCCUGCUUUUGAGUGAUAUACGACUUGUUACGUCACAGCAGCGCUAGGCAGAGUGGGCGGGCUUUGUUUACAGGUCAUCCAGCCCGAGACACAGGUGUCAGGGACAGAGGCGGAGGCAGAUUUUUACAACAAAGUUCUGCAAAAAAGUGAUAUUCUAUCAAAUUGUACGUUUGUGUCCGUUUAGCUUGAUUGUAAAAUAUAUUGACGUUCAUCCGUU